AUGCAUCUUUUUUCAUCAAUUAAACGAAAUUUAAUUUUAACUGCAUCAUUGAUUUUAUUUUGUAAAAUUUCUUCUUAUCAAUUGGAUUUUGCGGAAGCUGUAAAGCUUUCACGUGAAUUCCACGAUUAUGAUGAUGAAAAUUUACGAAAUAAAUUAUUUAUUAAAAAUGUUAAGAAGGACGCGCAACUCAUAGGGUUCACUGACAUCUAUAACAAUAGUACCGAUGAUACAAAUUACGUAGCGGUGGUCAACGUUGUGGCAGUGAUUUUCGGUAAUUUCGAUUUGGUCGCCUGUUCUUAUGUGAUAUAUUCGGCAUAUAUAAAGGGUCGAACGCAGUCUCUGUCAAUGUCAGAUCGUGUUCCGUUGUACCUCAGCAUUUCGGACGUGGGUCAAUACAUCUUAUUCAUGCCAAACUUUGUUUACUCAAUGAUAUACAAUCAUACGAUUUCCGGUUUUGGUUGCAAAGUGAUCGCUUAUUUGUUUUUCCUACAGAUGAACAUAGAUUUGAUUUUGAUGACAAGCAUCUCCGUGAUCACUUAUCUGAGGGUUGUAAAACGCUCUAGAAUAUUAUUAGGAUCUUACGAUUGGAAAUUCUUUGUUUCGAUAAUGCUCCUUUCUAUCGCGUUGUCGUCACCUUCGAUUGCAUCAGUUGGUCCCUCGCGUUAUUGGUGUUUGACAAACGUCAGAUCCGUGAACGUCUUGUUAAUUGACGAUUACGUUCUAUUCAUCAUAGCUUUUGUGAUAACAUGUUUCUGUUAUUUGCAAACAUUAUAUACCAUAUUCAACGUGGAUCGUGAAGAGAUGACUGAUUCUUCGGAACGAAUUGAUAGGUGGAAUAAAUUGGAGAGACAAGCAAUAAAAAAGAUAAUGAUUUAUAUUACCUUGUUUAUGAUGAAGUGGAUUCCGUUGAUGACCUUUGGCAUUGGGAUCAUGUCGGGCUACGAAGACAUUUGGAUAUUUAUUCUUUUUGUUAUUUCGUUCAACUUGGGAGGGAUUUGCAAUUGUAUAUUAUACCUUAUGAACGGAGACAGUCCCGAACACAAUGACUCGGCUCCAGAACAAGCCACAAACUCCACCGCGUCACUUUCACAAAAAACCAAUACUCACCAAUCGGAAGUAUGUCAGAUCACAUUGCCGCCAGAAGCCUAUAUACCCCAAAACCGCGAUUCCAUGGCGGAUAGCGUUAUACUGAAUUUAGAAGAAAAAGUGAUACGAUAUCCUCCUAGCGGCAGUAGUGAGCAGAAUAACUAUAGUUCCAUGGUCGGUGAUGACGAGUCAAGCGGAAGCGACGACGACGAAAUUAGAGUUAUUGGCGUGACGUGA